UACUCUCUUGAAAAGAGAGUAAGUAACUAACCUCCUUAUAAGUUAAAAUCCCAAUCACCCUCCUUACACUCUCUCUAUUUCUAUAAAUAUAUAUAUAAAUAUAUUUCAUUCAAUCCAAAAACCCUAGAAACCAAAGCCCAAAACAAAACCCCUCUCUAAUAAUAAUUACAUAUAUAUAUAAAAAAAAAUAAUUAUUUUUGUAAUAAUAAUAAGAAAACGACAAAAUGUCCCGCCCUUCCUCUCCAUUCCCUUCUUGUUUUCGCCCUUCAGGUGAACCACACGCGCCACCUCCUCCACCGCCUCCAAACUCCGGCAACCCAAACCUAACAACCUGUCUGUACCACACCGAUGUUGCUCUCUUCUCUCUCACCUGGUCCCGCUCCUUCAUGGGUCGCUCCCUUCACCUCCACCUCCUCCACCACGCCUUCAACUCUCCGCCGCCGCCGCCGCAGCACUCCUCCUCCUUCCAUCUCCAAAUCAAGCCAUUUCUCUUCUGGAAGAAGCACGGAUCCAAAACCCUCGCCCCUAAUAUUCGCGUCUACUGGGACUUAACCCGUGCUCGAUUCGGGUCCGGACCCGAACCGCAAUCCGGAUUCUUCCUGGGCGUGGUGGUCGACGGUGAGUUGACUCUUCUCGUUGGAGAUAUGGCGAAGGAGUGCUUCGCUAAGACCAAAGCAGAGACCCCAACGACUCCGCAGUCUCUGGUUCUGAAGAGGGAACACGUCGUGGCGAAGAAGAUAUACACGACGAGAGCGAGGUUUGGCGGGAAAAUGAGGGAUAUACAGAUCGAUUGCGGUGCGUAUGAAGAUUUCUCAAAGCUCAAUUUCAGUAUAGAUAACAAGAGGGUUUUGCAGAUUAAGCGUUUGAAAUGGAAAUUUAGAGGUAACGAACGAAUCGAGGUGGAUGGAAUUGGGGUUCAAAUCUCUUGGGAUGUUUACAAUUGGUUAUUCGAUAGCGAUAAACAUUACAACAACGAAGAUUGUGGCCGCCAUGCCGUGUUCAUGUUCAAGUUCGAAGACGAAGACGACAAUCAAUUUGGGUCAAACCAAAGUCAAAAAAAUCAGAAUGGGAUGGCUUUGUGGGCUCAAAAUCAGCUCUGGAAUUUGGGCAUGAGCGGAAUCGAGUGGAGAAAGAUGGGCAAAAGCUUGUCUUUUUCGUCGGUUUCUAUGUCGUCGGCGGCUUCUUCCGGCGGGAGUUCGUCGGUUAUGGAGUGGGCUAGCUUGGAGGAGACCGAGCUCAGUUAUGGUCCACCUGGGUUUUCUUUAAUGGUUUAUGCUUGGAGAAGAAGGUGAAAUUAUCAUUAUUAAUAAUUAAUUCAAUUUCGUAAUUAAUUAUCAUAGUUUUUUUAAUUAAUUUUUUUACUCCCCUAAAAUAGCUAACUCAAAUUUGUUUAUGAACAUAAAAAGAUAAUCAAAUCAUAUCAAUUCAAUUCA